CCCCGGCACCUCCGCUGUCGGGUCAGGACUCGGCGGCCGCGGCGCCGUACUCGGGACCCGCCGCUCCAGGGCUGCUUUCCGCCCUCCACUUUCCUCUCGUCUGCCGGGCCGCAGGACCCCGGUCCCCCCUAGGUGGAAAGCCCGCGUGGCGGAUACAGAAACAAAAACCAAGAAAUGUCUCAUUCCACAAGCAAAGGACUGAUACUUGGCAUCACAGUGGGAACUGCUGGAAUCACCUUGCUUCUUUUUUGUUACUACAAGGUCCGUAAACCCAGGAUAGCAAUGAAUUUACCUAAACUUCUUUCUCUGGGUAGUACAUCUGAUUCAGUGACUUUACAAGAUAAAAUAUAUAAUGACCAAGGAACAGCAGUGGUCUUCCAAGGAAGGCAACUUCAGAUACUGGAGAAGUUAAGUGAGGUACUAACAAAUAUGGAAGAACUCAAAGAGGAAAUCGGAUUUCUUAAAGAAGCUGUUUCAAGGCUGGAAGAAUGUGUACAAGGUGAACUUGGGGGGAAGGUGACAGUUCAUAGGGUAAGUCCUCAGCACAGAGCUAGAAGAAGAAGGCUCGCCACAGUUCAAAGUUCAGCAACAAGUAAUAGUUCAGAGGACGCAGAAAGUGAAGGAGGGUAUAUUACAGCUAAUACUGACACAGAAGAACAGAGUUUUCCAGUCCCUAAGGCAUUUAACACACACGUAGAGGAAUUAAACUUAGAAACCCUUCUUCAGAAGGCAGAUCAUUUACGUGUGAAUGAGUCUGGCAAGAUGGAGAGUUUCGAACUACUCUGUGACCAUAAGGAGAAGUUUAAAGAUGAAGUAGAGUUUAUUUGGCGGUUAGCUCGUGCUUAUGGGGACAUGUAUGAGUUAUCUGCAAAUACACAAGAAAAGAAGCAUUAUGCUAAUAUUGGAAAAACCUUGGGUGAAAGAGCUAUUACGGUAGCACCCACGAAUGGAUAUUGUCAUCUGUGGUUUGCAGUUUUGUGUGGCUAUGUAUCUGAGUUUGAGGGCUUACAAAACAAAAUCAACUAUGGACAUCGCUUCAAGGAACAUCUAGAUAAAGCAAUCCAAUUUUUACCUGAAGAACCCUUUUUGUAUUACCUCAAGGGAAGAUACUGUUAUACUGUCUCAAAGCUGACCUGGAUUGAGAAAAAAAUGGCUGCUACUUUGUUUGGAAAAAUACCUUCCUCCUCUGUAGGAGAAGCUUUGCACAAUUUCCUUAAGACUGAAGAACUAUGCCCUGGUUAUUCCAAGUCCAAUUACAUGUACUUGGCAAAGUGUUAUUUAGAUCUUCGUCAAAACCAUGAUACUUUGAAGUUCUGUAAUUUGGCAUUGUCGCUUUCUUCUGUUACCAAAGAGGAUAAAGAAGCACAGAAAGAGCUGGAAAGAAUGAUCACUUCCUUGAAGAGAUAAAUAAAAGAACUUGCUCUCCAACAAAUCAGAUGUGGUCUACUAAAAUUUAAGCUAAUCAAGUGUGUGUUUUUACUAUCCUUUUUCAUUUUCACGUAAGGGUUUGAAGUUAAAACCAUGUUUCUGAAGGAGGCAUUCUGCUAGUAGCACUCCGGAAUUAAUCAUGUUACUUGGAGAAUCUAUUUACUAUAAUGUAAGGUCAAAAUGAUCUCUAAAUGUGUAUGCUUUAUAUUUUUCCUAUCAAUAAGCUAUAGUCUUCAGAAUAUUUCUUUAAAUAAAAUAUGUAAAUUAGUACAAUAAAAUGAACUUUAGUAUUUUCGCUUUCAUGGAGACUGCAAAUAAUUUCAUUAAUGCAGAUGAAAAGUGGAAAAAACGGGCAAAGGACAUGAAUAAGUUUAUAGAAGAGGAAAAACAAAAGAAGAAAAAUAUUGAAGCUAGUAGUCUGAGAAAUACAGAUAAAAGUACAAUAAGAUACUCUUUUACCAUCAAAUUAGCAAGGAUUAUUUUUCUUUCAGGAAACAUUCAGUGCUGGCAAUGGUUCUCAUACUCUGCUGGCAGAAGGGUGUUUUGGCACAAACAUUUGGGAAAAUGUGUCUAGAAUCCUAAAAAUGUACCGAGUCUUUAAUCUUAUAGUGCUGUUUCAUGAAAAUAGUCCUAAAGAGAAAAAGUCCUAGGAUUUAUACACGAAUGUUCAUAACAAUAUUCUUACAGCAAAACACUACAUCCAACAAUAAGAAAGCAGCUAAGCAUAUUAGAAUAAAACUAGAAUAGAAUAUUAUUUUGACAUUAAAAUAUUUACAAAUAUGAUAUAAAGAAAUACACAGAGCAUCUUAAGUACUGUACAAGGCAAAACUGCAAAUACAUUAUCUUCUCGAUUAUAUGAAAAAGGGCACAGAAGAGUGUCUACUCUGAAACACACUGAAAUGGUGGUAGUUCAUAUUUCUGUGGGGCUGUGUUUCAUUUCUUGAAUUUUCCAACUUUUUAUUAAUAUCCAGAAACUAAGACAUG